AUGAGUUUUGAAGAGCCAGAUCCUUUCUACUGCAACAUAUGUGGCGGCCCAGCGACGACCCGAGCGCUUCUGAAGCAUUCAACCUUUUCUCUCUCUGGCGACCAAGACGAGGAGGACUUUGACGAAGAGCAUGAGCUGUUCCAUGACUAUUGGAACCAGAGCCGUGGCAUGCAUGUUGACACCUGUGACUUCUUGAAAGGCUAUGACUCGCGUCUGGUUUCUCGGUGGGACAUCAAGGUGAAUACCGCGGCUGCGAUUUGCCUACAAGUCAAUUGA